AUGUCCUCUCCUGGUGACCUGAAUGGUGUGCCCGUUUCAGCCCCUGAAGCGCCUCAGGAUGGCCUGCGUGAGCGAGGAUCCUUCAUCGUCUUCGGACGUGCAUUGGGACCUUCGCCAUUCACAGAUCCAGGCUUCGCACAUCAUGCCAACUCUGAAUUUGUUGACCUCUCGCGAGAGUAUGAGUAUCCACUUCAGUACCGGAAUCUCAAAGGGCUGGGCCUUAUUUCCGCAGUAGGCUUUGGGUGCCUCUACAUCGCCGGAGAUGCCAACAUGCUAAAGCAGCCAGAGACUGUGCUCCUGGUGGUGGUGGGGUUUUUAGCUCUUCUCUUCGCAGGUUGCUUCUUCUGCUGCGUGAAUUGCCUUCACUUUCUCUGUGCGCCCGCCUCACCACCACAACUCUUGAGCCGCACGGAGCUGCGCCACCUGCUUGGCACAACUGCCUGCACCUUCUGGACCAUUCUUCUCCUCGUGGCAGGCGGCUUGAAGCACUUCAUCACUGCGCAGCCGGGAGAGCGCUGGCUCGAAGAGGCACUUUUUAUUAUCGAAUCCUUCGGUGCAAUUGUAGUCCUGGUGCCUUCGUGGUAUUUGGUGAACCGUUUCAGCAAGGAACCGGUCAAGGCCGGGUUGAUCAUGAGCAUGUUCUGGGCUGGCGCCAUAUUCUCUGCCGAGUGUGCAGGCAUUUUCAACACGCUCCUGCUGUUGAUUUGGACGGCGGCAGAUCCAGAUUGCAAUGCCACCAUGCCAGUAGGCCCAAAGUGGCCUAUGGAAGCACCCAGUGGCGGCUGCGUUGCCAAAGCAAAUCUGGAGUGGGUGCUCACACCAGGUAUCGUGGAAGAAUCCUUCAAAUUUAUGGUGCUGCUGCGGUUGGUCACCAGUUUGGAGGAGGCGAUGAAAUCCAAAGCUUUAACACGAUUUCCCCGGAUGUCGACCAUCUCCUGCAUGCCGUGCUGUGGUUGGUUUCUGAAGUUUGCUGCUUCCCCAGCAGUGGUCGUCUUGUGCGGUAUGGCUGCCGGAGCUGGCUUUGGAAGUUUGGAGAAUGUGCAGUACAUUGCCAAGUUGUCCGGCGUGGUGAAAGCCACUGGCAGCAUUCUCCCAGCCUCCGUCCGCAUCUUUACGGCCAUGCUCCACAUCGCCAUGACAGGAACUUGUUCUUUCUUCCUAGCGAUUUCGUUGUUUUCGCAGAGAAAACGGCCCUUUGUGAAGUUCAUUGGCUGGAUCAUGAUGGUGAUUGGGCAUGGCAGCUACGAUGCAUUCUGCACCUUCCAAGCUGAAAUGCCAGUGGAUGAGUGCUUCACUCGAGUUGAGUGCUACGAUGAUAAGCAGCGGGAAGUCUGUGUCUUCAGCCGAACAGGCAAACUUGCAGAAUGCAGCUGCAAAGAUGGUGUGGAUGAAGAAACUCGAAAGUGUGCAUCCAACUCGACGGCGGUCCUAGUGGAGUCUGAGGAAGCAAAAGUGGUGCUGGAAGUUGCUGACGCAAAGAAAGCAGAUGUACCAAUUCAUGAAAUGCAGAUCACGCAGGUCACCAACGUUAUGGCCACGGCAGGCGCCAUCCCAGGCUGGUACCACGGCACGACGCCAAAGGUGGUGGAUCGGAUCCACGCAGCGUUGAACGCCAGCCGCACCGAGAAGUUCUGGUGCGCGAAGGACCUCAGAGAGUCCUAUGUCUGUGGCCCAGCAGUGGUGGAGUGGUGGCCUGGAGCAUGGACUUCGUGGCUCUUGGGCACAGGGAUCAUCGUCCUCUUUUGCCUGCUGGCCUGCAUUGGACUCCCCGUUGUCGAGAGGGACUUCCAUUCGCGGCAGCAACAAGCGGCUGCAGAAGCAGCAAAUCCCCGAGCACAUCCCGUGACUUUCACAGCAGCACAUCCCGCACCCCAUGGCGUGCACCGUCGGGCCAUGCGGCUGCGGCCCACUGGAGCCCAGUCUUUGUUCGCCAGGAGCCGUUGCUUCUCCGACAGCUUCAGUGCUCGCUUCGAGGAGGAAACAGCUCCUAAGAGGGCCAAGCCGUUUCGUAAAUUUCGUCGUGAAGGUGCCAGUGGAUAUCUUGAGGAUGUCACCAACAGCAAGCUGCGACGGAUGGGCCGAGCGAAGCAAACGAAGGCUCUCUUUGACUCGCCUGAAGAGACCAGGACAAAGACGCAUUGGAAAGCUCGAUUCCGUGUGGAUUCGUCGAUCUUGGAUGAGUCCUUGCACGUGGAAUUGGGAGUCUUGGAGAAGAUCAUCAAAGAGGGGCGAAAGGAGCGCGAAGAGACCCGGCAGCAGCACCUUCGCCGUGCGGCCAAGGAGAAAGAGAUGCGCGCACGACAGGGGCAGGUCAUCAGGGAGAUCAAUCGGCCAGAUGUGGAGAACCUGGAGAGAUCGCCUUCAGUGGUCUCUCCAGCGGUCUCGACCGGAUCUGCUUCCGCUUCCGCGGCGGAGGUCUCGCCAAGCGACACCGCUCCAAGCGAUGCUGCAUCCAGUGAUGGAAAGAUUGGCGAAGAGACCGUGCUGACUGAGGAAGCAGGCGCUGAUGAAAAUCCAUCAGAUUCUGAAGUCCUGAAGGAGAUACUGAGCCCGCGGCAGUUGAUGGCACGCGUGCGCCUGGUGCAACCACCCUCAGCAAAGGCACCCAAGAUCUUGAACCGGGAGGAGCUGGUGAAGGCCAUUGUGGACCAUAAAAAAAACACGCAGGACAGAGGGAGGCUAUCGCAGCUGCUGGCUCAGUUGGAACCAGAGCUGCCACGGCUCGCACCCAGCCAUUGCGCUUCGCUGCUGUUGGCCUUGCCACGGCCCGCGCCGCCUUGGAGUGCCCAGCUGCUGCAUCGCUUGGCGCGGCAGGCUGAUGCCCUGAACACGCACACCUUGGUCACCGUGCUGCUCGGAAUUGCCCGAGUGCAGAAGCUGGCAGUGCUGCAAAGCUUUGAUGAUAAGCAGAUGAUCGCCACAUGCGAGGCAGCCUUGGCAGCGCUGCUGCCGUUCGCCAAGGCAGUGCUGCGGCUGGCGCAGGAGCUGCAAGCCAUGGAGGCAGCCUCGCUGGCCAUUGGUUGUGCAAAGGCGACCUUGAGAUGUUCUCGAACGAUGCGGUCUCUUAGCACCGCUCUGCUGCCACAUUUGCAGGCUGCCGACUCACCUCUUCUUGGUCGGGAUGUUUUGGCAUGUCUGGCUGCUUUUGGAGCCAGUUCUGUCGUAGAGGACGAUUUCCUCACUGCAGCGUCUGGUUUUCUUCGCUCCCUGGACCUGGAAGAGGUGGAUUUGUGGGAAGCUCUUCAACAUCUCCCACAACCCAAAGCAGCGCGCUUUAUCGAGGUGCUGAACCUGGAGUUGGGGGGCCGUGGUGCUGGAGUUGUGCUUAAGUUUCUCGCGACAGGUGGCCGAGUGCAACCCGUCAGGGCAAAGCUGCUACAAGCAUUCCGAGGACCAAGAAUGGAGCAGCUGCCUUGCGAACCCGCAGUGGCGAUGAAACUUGCAGGACUUUUGGAAGACCAGGCCCUGAUAGAUUCUUUCGCGACCGUUGCAGCAGCUUCAGCGAAAUCAUGGCAACGCCGGGAUGUUCUCGCGUGUGCUGAUGCGAUAUCCUCUUUGCCGAUGACAAAUGCGGUCGCGCAGUUGUGGCAGACACUUUGCUCGGGAAGUCCCUCUCCAUCAGAGGCGCUGUCAUUGCUGACUGCUGCAGUGAAGGCAUCGGUGAGCGGAUCCAUUGAUCCCCAGCCCUUGGUGACUGCUGCAGCGCGAGCCACUGGAGCUGACUGGCCCCAUGUGCUGCUGGCAUUGGGAGAAAGAUGCCAACUCCAAAAAUUGGGCUGGCGGGUACCCUUGGCCCUCCUACGAGAUGCCUUGGAAGUGCCAUGCGUGGCAUCGAUGGAUGAAGCGGCUCUAGUGAGGGCCUUUGAGUGGCUUUGCAACGACCAGACUGCUGCUGAUUUGCAAGAAAGCUUGCUGCCAUUGAUACUCCUGCGAAUCUUGGAACGUGCGCCUGUGCCCCUGGUCCACCGCAGCCUUUGCACAGCUGGGUCUAGCACAGCAGCACCAGCACUGGCUGCUGCGGUGCAGUUGCUGCAUAAUUCUCAGAUCUUGGAGGGAUUGUGGCCUGAACUUCUCCAAGAAAACUCAGCGAAGCUGGCUGUGGCUCUUGGUGCUUUGGGGCUGGCCAACCACAGCACAUGUGCUUGGCUGAAGAGACAGGACAUGCGGUUCAUUGAGAAAAGGUUCUCAGCAGCAAACCUACAAUGCCAAGGCGGGUCGCUGCACGAUUUGGUUGCUGAUUUCCCAGGGACAUCUGAGACAUGGCAACUGGCAUAUGUUGCAGCAGUGGAAGGAGACCGUGAGCUUGCAGAGCGUCUUUUGCAUCAGGGCAAUGUCACGCUUGAGCCAAGGACGGCCAUGGAGUGCUAUGCAUUGCACCUUCUACGGUGCUACCUGGACGACUUGGAGAUUGAUGACGUCACCAUCAAGAUGUUACAGGAUCCACAGUUUCGCAGCGCCUUGCAGCACAUGGGCCUGCGCGGCUGCCAGUUCACCGCUGCUACGGUAGAACUGCCUUCGUCUUUGAUCAUUGACGCUUGCCCGCUGUCUGCCAUCCCUGGAAUCGCCGUGCUGCGCCGCCGCAUGGCAAAAGCACGAGCUUCACAAGAUGUGGAGGUCAUCAGCCUCCCCUACAAUGGGGCAAGCGCCAUGGAAUUCGCAAGCCUCGUGGCCAAGGUGUUGCUCUCCUUCAAACCCAGUGCCUUUGCACACCUCUCGCAGCACAUUGGAAAGGUCCUCACCGAUUUGCCAUAUCAGCAAAAGGAAGCCGGAGUUCGCAGGUGGCAAUCAGCGCCCAUUACUGAGUCCAAAGCGAGUCGUCGUGGGCGAAAAGUGGCGGCUGCGGCGGCUGCGCGACUCAAUUCGGAGCGAUCAAUCACAGUCUCAGAUGAAAAUUGAUGAGCGGUGCACAACCUCAUCCUCA